AGAUAAUACAACUAUAACUUCCAAACGACCACCGUCGUAAACAAUCUCAUGAUCUCAUAGAAAUGUCACUAUUAUCGUAUGCUCUUUUCUAAAUCUCUCAUGAUUUUCGCACCCUCAAAUUUAUAACCCUUGCUAACUAAUAUCGUUCUCAAAAACUAGAUCCUUCCGCGCACUCCCUCCUCGCACGCGCGCAAUGAUAGGCGCAGGCUUCAUUGCUUGGGGUACAAUCGGUCUCUACCUAUCCGAGACAGCAGAAAGAAAGCUGGGCUUUGAACCUACUGAGCAAGAUAAGGCUAAGAUGCCCAAAUUCACGGUGGUUGAGAAGGAGAAGUGAAAUUAGUUCUUCAGAAAUUGGAUGUUUGGCAGAUAAAAUCAAUGCAACAGGGCAGAGCAACAAGAGGCGAUGUAAUAUUGAAACAACUUCUGGGAUUUCAAGAAUAUUGAGGCGAAUAUUGGACGGAUACUGGACCGGCUAUGCUAUAUCUGGGGAGGAAGGAGAAUAUCUGCAUACACAGAGAUAUAGUUGAGGAGGUUAGGCUGGGUUGAAGCUGAAACAAAGGAUACGAGAAAGAAACGCAGUGAAUGGUGCACAUCAGUAUUGAUACGCUGCUCGUGGCAGGUAGUGAAUACGCGUUU